CUAUCCGCGGAGCGAUCUGGCGGCCAUGCGAUCUGUUUGAGCUGCGGGGAAGACGAUACCGUGGUGGAUCCGGACUCAGGCACCUGUGUCUGUUGCUCCUGCGGCUGCGUAGUCUCCACCGACGAGUUCCGCCACCAGGCGUUCACCUCUGACGGCCAGGCUACUGGCUUCCUCCACAACAUCACCGAUUUUGACUACCGCCAGCGGAAGCUCCACCGCGCUCGAUCCCAAAUAGAGGAUCUUACCUCUGCCCUCGGCCUCUCCUCCCUUCGAGCGACCGAUGUUUCGAACCUCAUCUCCGGAGCCACUGACGGCUCCUUUGGCGACGGCCAGUGGUUCAGCGACCUCAUCGCUGCCUGCUCCUACAUCGUCGCGCGACGCCACCGCAUCCCUACCUCCCUUACUGAGGCGGCCGACGCUGUAGGCCGUGAUGCCUGUGACGUUGGUCACAUGGUCACCCGUGUCGUGCAGCAUCUUCGCCUUCCCUCGCUCCCGGAGUUCAAUAUUGCUGCUGCCCUCGAUCGCGUGGUUAAUACCUGCCAAAGCUUCAAGGGGCUGGAUCCUGAGAAAUCGAAAGAGUUAAUCGGCCAAGGGCAAUUCCUUCUCAACUGCGCCACCAAAUGGUUCCUCACAACUGGGCGCCAGCCGCUUCCGCUGGUUGCUGCGGUCCUCGCCUUUGUGGCGGAUGCUAACGGGGUUAAAGCUUCCGUGGAGGAGAUUGCGGAGGGGAUUCCUGCUGGGGUAACCACAAGCAAGCUCCGGCUCAAGGAGCUAAUGGAGACCCUCAUUAGGGUUGCAAGAUCCUUGCUUCCAUGGGGGAAGGACGUCACACUCCAAAACCUAACGCUAAAUGCCCCUUUGCUGAUUCGCUUGAUGGAGAGGAAAUCAAAAUCGGACCAUUCUGUGGAUAUUGGCUUUGGUUUCGAUGCCUUUUCCGGUGCUUUGAGAAAGGACAACGAAGACGAAUCUAAGUACUUCAAGAUCGGUGAAGAACAAGAUUGUACUGCAAACUGUGAUAAUUUUGCAUAUGCUAAACUGUCAGGGGAGUGCAUAUCAAGUGCCUACGAUAAAGUCUUGGAAAGAAUUGAUCACCUUAAAGCAAUUGGAGAGUUUGAUAAGGACCGAUCAAAAAGGAUGAGGAGAGAUAUAGUGGAGACCAGGGCACUCCAAGAUGCUUGGGAGGGGAGGUGGGACAGAGAAAAUAAAUUGACGCUGGAUUCAAAAGAUUAUGAAAACAUUUGGAACCAAGCAAAAUGCUGAUGGAGGCAUCAAGGUGGAGGAUUGUGUUGUGGAAGAGAGGGUGGGCAGGAAGAGGAGAAGAACAAAAAAGCAAUGUGAGGA